CGGAUUUUCCUGUGCUCUUUUCUUCGCCUUCGCUCCCCCAACCUUUUUCCCUCCUCUCUUCCCUUCUCUCAUCAUCCCUAUCUCACUUUACCCUCUUGUCCAUCGUUUUCUUUCAUUUGGACAAUACCAUCACUCACAAUGGCCACCUACGCUUUGUCGCAGGCUCACCGCGAGCAAAUGGAGAAGUCUCUGGUCGACUCCGACCCUGAGAUUGCUCAGAUCAUGGAAAAAGAGAUCAAGCGUCAGCGCGAGUCCAUCCUCCUGAUUGCCUCUGAGAACGUCACUUCCCGUGCCGUUUUCGAUGCUCUCGGCUCUCCCAUGAGCAACAAGUACUCCGAGGGUUACCCGCACAUUGAUGCCAUUGAGCUCACCUGCCAGGCUCGUGCCCUGAAGGCUUUCAACCUCGACCCCGAGAAGUGGGGCGUCAACGUUCAGUGCCUCAGUGGUAGCCCUGCCAACCUGCAGGUCUACCAGGCUCUCAUGCGCCCCCAUGAGCGUCUCAUGGGUCUGGAUCUUCCCCACGGAGGUCACCUGAGUCACGGUUACCAGACUCCUGCCAGAAAGAUUUCCGCUGUUUCUACCUACUUUGAGACCUUCCCCUACCGUGUCAACAUUGAGACCGGCAUCAUUGACUACGAUACCCUCGAGGCCAACGCUGAGCUCUACCGUCCCAAGUGCUUGGUUGCUGGUACUUCUGCCUACUGCCGUCUCAUUGACUACGCCCGUAUGCGCAAGAUUGCCGACAAGGUUGGCGCCUACCUGAUUGUCGACAUGGCCCACAUCUCUGGUCUGAUUGCCGCCGGUGUCAUUCCUUCUCCCUUCGAGUACGCCGAUGUGGUUACCACCACCACCCACAAGUCUCUCCGUGGUCCCCGUGGUGCCAUGAUCUUCUUCCGCAAGGGUGUGCGCAGCACUGACCCCAAGACCGGCAAAGACAUCAUGUAUGAUCUUGAGGGUCCUAUCAACUUCUCCGUCUUCCCUGGUCACCAGGGUGGUCCCCACAAUCACACCAUCACUGCUCUGGCUGUUGCCCUCAAGCAGGUCGCCACCCCUGAGUUCCGUCAGUACCAGGAGCAGGUUAUCAAGAAUGCCAAGGCUCUUGAGGUUGAGUUCAAGGCUCUCGGCCACAAGCUCGUCUCUGACGGUACCGACAGCCACAUGGUCCUGCUGGACCUCCGCCCCAAGGGUCUUGAUGGUGCUCGUGUCGAGGCUGUCCUCGAGCAGAUUAACAUUGCCUGCAACAAGAACUCCAUCCCUGGUGACAAGUCCGCUCUGACCCCCUGCGGUAUCCGCAUUGGUACUCCCGCUAUGACUAGCCGUGGUAUGAGCGAGGAGGACUUCAAGCGCGUCGCUCGCUACAUCGACCAGGUCAUCAACCUUUGCAAGAGCAUCCAGGCUGACCUGCCCAAGGAGGCUAACAAGCUCAAGGACUUCAAGGCCAAGGUUGCCUCCGACUCUGUUCCCGAGAUCCUCGCUCUCCGCAAGGAGGUCGCCGAGUGGGCCAGCACCUACCCCCUGCCUGUUUAAGCAUCAGGGCAGAACAAAUAAUCUCACAUGAUACCAAAAUAUGCUUUUCUGGUUUUCUUCAGGCUUUUGACGAGUUCAACAUCAUUGCGUAUAAAAUUGGGUCGGCGGGAGUACGUUAAGGGGUUUUUACAGGUCUGCUUUUUCAACCUUACGCGGGUCAUGGGAUACGGUAUACAUGAGCAUGAACAAAAUAUUCAACAUUUCUUCAACAGGACGAAAGGUUCACUGUCUG